AUGGAGACUUCAUAUAAUAGGGGGCACCAGUUAUCUGAUUUGGUUGUGAAUUGUUGGUAUUUCCUUAAUCUAAUGUAUUUACAUAUUCUACUGUUCAUGUCUGUCUUAGGUAUCACUGAUGUUGGAAUGGUCAAAUUAGGAGAAGGCUUGCAAUGUCUGCAAACCCUAGAUGUCUCUCACUGCAAAAAACUUAGUGAUAAAGGUUUAAAGGUGGUUGCGUCAGGCUGCCAGAAGUUGAGACAGUUGCACAUCGCAGGUUGCAGAUUAAUAACUGAUAAUUUGUUGCAUGCUGUAUCAAAAAACUGUUUGAACUUGGAAGAGCUUGGGGCUGCAGGAUGUAACAGCAUAACAGAUGCUGGAAUCUCAGCUCUAGCCGAUGGUUGUCAUAAAAUGAAGUCACUAGACAUAAGCAAAUGCAAUAAAGUUGGUGAUCCUGGAAUUUGCAAAAUUGCUGAGGUCUCGUCAUCAUCUCUGGUGUCAUUGAAACUGUUGGAUUGCAGCAAAGUGGGCAAUAAGUCCAUCUAUUCACUAGCUAAGUUCUGCUGCAACCUAGAGACCCUCAUCAUCGGUGGAUGUCGGGAUAUUAGCGAUGAGUCCAUAGAAGCACUAGCUCUUGCCUGUUGUAGCAGCCUCCGGAUUUUAAGAAUGGACUGGUGCUUGAAAAUAACAGACGCCUCGUUGAGAAGUCUGUUGUGCAACUGUAAACUUCUUGCCGCUAUUGAUGUCGGGUGCUGCGACCAAAUAACUGAUGCGGCAUUUCAGGGCAUGGAAGCGAACUUGUUUCAGUCGGAAUUGAGAGUUCUGAAGAUCAACAAUUGUGUUGACCUCACAGUUGUGGGAGUGAGCAGCGUGAUAGAGUCAUGCAAGGCACUCGAGUACCUCGACGUCCGGUCAUGUCCUCAGGUUACAAGGCAGAGCUGCGAGGAAGCUGGGUUGCAGCUACCUGGUGGCUGCAAGGUGAACUUUGAAGGUAGCUUGUCGGAGUCUGAUCCAUCUGUUGAUAGGUUCUUCUAG